UGACUACACCUUCCAUCCAAGUCAACAAAACCAUAGGCAAAGACCUGGUCUCUGUGUUCCUAAUGUGCCCUACAAUCGACAUUGAUAACUCUGUCAGUUGGUUCUUCAAAGGCCAGAGUCUGAGGAUCACCAAUACGAUGACAUUGAGCCAGAACAACAGAACCCUCAAAAUAGUCCCUGCCAGGAGUAAGGAUUCAGGGGACUAUCAGUGUGAGGUAUCCAAUCCACUCGGUUCCAAGAGGAGUGACCCCAUCCAGCUGGAUGUAAUAGAGCCAGUGACUACACCCUCCAUCCAAGUCACCAACUCCACAUUCAAAGAUAUGAUCUCUGUGUUCCUGACCUGCUUGUCAAACGACACUGGGAUCUCCAUCCAUUGGUUCUUCAAAGGUCAGAGUGUGGAGCUCACAGAGAGGAUGGAGCUGUCACAGAACAAUCGCACCCUCCUAAUGUACUCUGUGAGGAGUUCACAUUCCGGGGACUAUCAGUGUGAAGUAUCCAAUCAAGUCAGUUCCAAGAGGAGUGACCCCAUCCAGCUGGACAUAAUAGAACCAGUGACUAAACCCUCCAUCCAAUUCACCAACACCACGGUCAAAGACCUGACCUCUGUGUUCCUGAAGUGCUUGUCAAACGACACUGGGAUCUCAAUCCAUUGGCUCUUCAAAGGCCACAGUCUGAGGAUCACGAAUAGGACGAAGCUGUCCCUGAACAACAGCACCCUCGAAAUAGUCCCUGCCAGGAGUUCGCAUUCUGGGGACUAUCAGUGUGAAGUAUCCAAUCAAGUCAGUUCCAAGAGGAGUGACCCCAUCCUGGUGGACAUAAUAGAUCCAGUGACUACACCCUCCAUCCAAGUCACCAACACCACUGUCAAAGAUAUGAUCUCUGUGUUCCUGACCUGCUUGUCAAAGGACACUGGGAUUUCCAUUCAUUGGCUCUUCAAAGGUCAGCGUGUUGAGAUCACAGACAGGAUGAAGCUGUCCCAGAACAACAGCACCCUCCAAAUAGACUCUGUGAGGACUGAGGAUUCUGGAGACUAUCAGUGUGAAGUAUCCAAUCAAGUCAGUUCCAAGAAGAGUGACCCCAUCCAGCUGGACAUAAUAGGUGAACAUCGACUUUCAUUAUGGGGUAUUAUUGCCCAAUGUCUGAUGGGGCUGAUUGCAGUAAUAUUUUUACUGGGUUUCCUGUGGCGCAGCCGUCGUGGCAGGGAGCCACAAAUUGAGAACAAUGUUAAACAAGUGGACAAUGAGUCAACCAACCUCAAUGAGCCAACCAACCUCAAUGAAACCUCAAAAGCAUCCUCAAAUGUGAAACCUCAAAAGGAAAAGAAGGUCAUGUGA